AUGAGCAUGAACUAUCCAACACCGGGUCCCACGCAGAGGUCAACGUCAUUUUUUAUAGAAGACAUCUUAUUGCACAAGCCCAAGCCGUUGAGAGAGGUUAUUCAAUCGCCUUUCUGUAGCACCGUGGCCUCGCGUAUGCCGAUCCUGGAGUAUGGGUACCCAUUGAUGCCAACGCCAGUAUUGGCCCCGCAUCCGCACCAUCCGCUCCACAAACCGGAACAUCACCAGUACUUCUUUACAUCUGGAAUGCAGAUGCCGGCCUUGUUCCAGCACCACGCAGAUUUACCGGGGAAGCAUUGCAGACGCAGGAAGGCAAGGACGGUUUUUUCCGACUCGCAACUCUCUGGUUUAGAGAAGAGGUUUGAGAUCCAGCGCUACUUGUCCACACCUGAGAGAGUGGAGCUUGCCACUGCGCUUAGCCUGUCGGAAACGCAGGUGAAAACGUGGUUCCAAAACCGGCGGAUGAAGCACAAGAAGCAGUUGAGGAAAGCCCAGGAUGAGCACAAGACACCCGGACAGAUGGAGAGAUCGGUAGAAAACUUGAGUGAGAGUGAAUUGACCGAGAAGAGCGGCGAGGAACUGAAAAGACCAACAGAGCGGGACACAUAUUUGCUAGAAGAAAACGACGACGAUGUGGAUAUUGAGGAUGACAUUUGCUCUCCGGAUCAUCUCCUAUAG